AUGUCAAAAAUUACAGUUAUCUCUGGUGAUCAAACUGGGGUUGAAAGAGCAGCUUUAGAUGCUGCUAUUGAUAAAAAAUUUGAUAUUGAUGGUUGGUGCAUGAAAGGAAGAGUAUCAGAAGAUGAUAUCUUACCAAAAAGAUACAAACUCAAAGAAUUAAAUAAUAAUUCUUAUCAUGAAAGAAAUGAAGCAAAUCUUAAAUUAGCAGAAAAAACAUUAAUCUUAAUGAUAUCAAGUAUUAAGAUUGAUAAUAAAACACUUCCUAUUGUUAAAGAAGAAGAAUCAAAAACAAUCUUUCUUGAAGAAAAUUUUGAGCAAAACAAAGCUCAAAUUAAUCCACUUAUAAAAUGGAUUGAAGAUAAAAAAAUUAAAAAAUUAUUUAUCAGUGGACCAACUGAAAGUAAUAUUAAUGGUGUUACUAUUUAUGAGAUAGCUUAUAAGUUUUUAUAUCAUUUAUUUAACGA